GGGACGCAUGCGCAGCGCUCAGCUGCUGCGGCGGCGGUUGCUGCACCUGUUGCCACCCGGAAGUGCUGGUUGUCAGGUGAAGGAGCGGGAUACCGGGAUCGGCGGGCGUCGUUUUAUGGAGAAGACCUGUCAGAGGAAGAGAAGGAUGAAAUCUUUCAGCACCAGGCCUUUGCGCAGAUAGACCAAAAUCCUUGAAACCAACACCACCUGCUUUAAACGCAACAAAGUGAAUUCUUGGACCCUUGUUGGGGUUUAGGUAACGAGCAGCAAUCAAUGGCCUCGGUUCCUUUAGGGAUUUACUUUCUAACUUCGUUUACUCGUGACCAAUGCUACAGAACUUUCACACUAGUUCUGACCUUCCUGCUGUACACAGCCUACCAUCUGUCCCGGAAGCCAAUCAGCAUUGUCAAGAGUGCAUUGCAUAAGAAUUGUGCAUUGGCCAAUGAAAUCGAACUGUACAGCUACAAGGAACAUUUGAUUCAAGCUAAGUUUCUGGGAAAACCCUUCUCCAAUGACACGUGGUGUAGCUGGGCACCCUUUGAUAAAAGUAAUUAUAAACAACUCCUGGGAGCCUUGGAUUACUCCUUCCUCUGUGCCUAUGCUGUUGGAAUGUACGCCAGUGGAAUAAUCGGAGAACGUUUAUCCAUUCGCUUGUACCUCACGGUUGGGAUGCUGGCCAGUGGUUUGUUCACUGCACUGUUUGGCAUGGGAUACUUCUACAACAUUCACAACUUGCAGUACUACAUCUUUAUUCAGAUCGCGAAUGGUUUAGUGCAGACAACAGGCUGGCCCAGUGUCGUGACCUGCAUUGGGAACUGGUUUGGAAAGGGAAAGCGAGGCUUGAUAAUGGGGAUCUGGAAUUCUCAUACCUCUGUGGGGAACAUCUUGGGCUCCCUGAUAGCUGCGCACUGGGUGUCCAGCAGCUGGGGGUUGUCCUUUGUGGUGCCAGGCGUCAUUGUUGCUGCUAUGGGAGUGGUCUGCUUCCUGUUCCUAAUCGAACAUCCACGUGAUGUGAAGUGUGCUGUGGUCCGAGCCCGAAAGCCGUCCAAGUCACUGAAUGGGUGGGACACAUUUAAACACAAGUGCAAGGCUUACCAACAACAAAAAAGCAACUCAUUUAUGGACCCUGAGGAGGAAUGCUUUCUAAAGGAGAGUGAUGUGAAGAUUUCGGCCAAGGCCAAUGGUCUAGUGAACAGUCAUGUUGUUGCAGUCAGCGGCGAGAGAAGCACUUCACCUACAGCCAUCAGCUUCCUCGGAGCCUUGCAGAUCCCUGGAGUGAUGGAGUUUUCCUUGUGUCUGCUCUUUGCCAAGCUUGUCAGUUACACAUUCCUUUUCUGGCUCCCGAUGUAUCUUGCCAACAAAGAGCACAUUGAUGCCAAAAAAGCUGGCGAUCUUUCGACACUCUUCGACGUAGGUGGAAUUGCAGGUGGCAUCCUUGCGGGGCUGAUAUCUGAUUGGACAAGGAAGCGGGCAACUACUUGUGGAGCAAUGCUGCUGCUGGCUGCACCUACACUCUACAUAUUUUCCACAGUUGGCUACAUGGGUCUGAAAACCAUCAGCGUGAUGCUGAUAGGCUGUGGGGCCUUGGUGAAUGGACCAUAUGCCCUGAUCACAACUGCAGUGUCUGCUGAUUUGGGCACACACAAGAGCUUGGCAGGAAAUUCCAAAGCCUUAUCUACAGUGACUGCAAUUAUUGAUGGGACUGGCUCCAUAGGUGCUGCUUUAGGACCCUUGUUAGCUGGUCUCAUCUCUCCUACGGGUUGGAACAAUGUCUUCUACAUGUUGAUGGUGGCAGACGCAUUUGCAUUACUGUUGCUGCUGCGUCUCAUACUGAAGGAGCUGCAUAUUUUGAGACCAAAGACAAAUGAGUUUGAGUUGAAGGAACACUGAUGCCCCACCUCGGUGCACAGCUUUGACUAGCUCUCCGUCAAGCCACACUUUGUACUGUUCGCGAUGAAGCGUAUUUGCACAAUGCUGGAGGAGCCAUGGUGGGAACACAAACUGGUGUGUGAUCCCAGGCAUUAGACACACCCUCCAGCCUCAGAAUCACAUUCCAUUUGAACUUUGCGGUGAACUAUACCUGCCACCUCGAUCACAUCCUCUUUGAUGUGCUCUCCGUCUGACAUUUACCAGAAUAGGUGCCUUUAUAGUUCAUUAGAGAUUAUCUGUUUAUUUAUGAAAUGAGAGGUACUGUAUUAUUGCAGCUGCAGUUCUUAUGAAUGUAUCCCCUUUUUUGGAGGGCUCCAAUCUCUUGCGCAAUCUGGUCUACAACUAUUUCGAGCUCUGCAUGUGAAUUAUCUACAGAGCGUCAGGAGCAAGUGCCUGUCAGUCCACUACAGGCAAGCACUUUGUAUCCAGGAAUGGAACGUUUCCAAUCUUAUUGUUCUUUCCAACUCACUGGAGCCAAAUCUUCUGGAAUUAGUUGACAAUCAUUUUCCUCAAAAAAGAUGUUAUCAAAUGUGAAGGCGAGACAGCAGAUGCUCGAAUCUGGAGCAACAACCAAAGUGUGGGAGGAGCUCAGCAGGUCAGACAGCAUCUGUGGAAGGAAAUGGACAGCUGAUAUUGUGGGAGCGCUGGCUCAUUUGGCUGGAAGGGUCUGUUACUGUGAUGUAUGUCCAAGUCUAAAAUCUGAAAUCUCAACCUGAAAAGUCGAUUGAUUUUUCCCUCCACUGAUGUUGUCUGACCUGCUGAAACCCCCUGGUGGCCUGUGUGUUGCUGUUGCGUUACCAAGUUGCCUUUAGAUCUUGUUAUUGUGACAAGUGUUAACGGCCCAUUGUUUUGCAGAUCUCCAACCAAUUUCAGUGUUACGAGCGACAUUUUAAGAUUUGACGUCUUGACAGGUGAAAUUGACUAGUAGGUUAGAUCUAUGUCCCUGCUGUAACCCACCCAUCUUCAGAUGCCAGCCUGUGAAUGUAUAUGAUCCUUCCGGCGUGUGUCUGUCUGCCUUUAGCUGACAGAAUGAAAUAGGAACACAUCAGUUAAGAUCACCAACCUUGGUUGUGGGAGCUGAUUCUGUCAAAGAAACUUUUUAGGAAAUUAGAACAUAGAAAUUUGCAGCACAUUACAGACCUUUGGCCCAUAAUGUUGUGCUAACCAUGUAACCUAAAAGGAGCUUGUUGUUCAGUAAGUUUGUAAACUCACCUCUGCCUUCCUUUCCAUCCUGGGUAACCUUUCACUCUUUGCCAGGACCAGGCCUGUAUUGGUGGAAGGGUGAUUUUGUCAAAUGUUCUGCGUUAGAGCUUGAUUAUUUUCCAGGGUGGGUGUGGGAAGGAACGUUAUUCAACAGAAUUUCGGCAACUACUGAUCAGUGCAAAUGAAUCUCAGGGCAGAGUCCAGGGCCGGUGCCAAAAUGGAAAGAAGGCAAGCUAGUGCUGUAAUGGGGAAGAGAGAGUCAGUACAAGCUAGUGCUGUAAUGGGGGGGGGGGGGAGAGA